UAUUAAUGACAAAGAGACGAACGACUUAUAUUAUCAUCUGCAUCCUGUUUAUGCGAUAUUUGGAUAUAUACGCGCCUGAUAUCUGUACGGUGGGAUGGCUAUGUUUAACUCACGUGUCGCCGUCAGGAGGAAGGAGACUGGCCCUGCAACACAGCCUGUCAGAAUGAUGGAUGUGGAUAGAGAGGAUGAAGAGAAAGAACAUGUACAAAGGGAUCAGUUGAGAUUUUUCAGGGUAUUUUGUGGGACAUGGAAUGUGAACGAGCAGUCUCCAAUGGAAGCCCUGGGGACAUGGCUAGAGAAGGACGAGGUGCCCCCAGACAUAUAUGCAAUAGGGUUCCAAGAGAUAGACAUGAGUAUAGAUGCUAUGCUCUCCACCGACUCAAAGAAAGAAGUGGAAUGGGAGGAUGCCGUGAAAACAUACCUCCAUCCCAAAGCAAAGUAUAUCAAGGUGAAGUCUUCUCGAUUGAUGGGGAUACUGCUGCUGGUCUAUAUACAGGAACAACACAUACCUACUAAUGUAGACACCGAGCAGGUGGCCACUGGCAUCAUGGGCUUCAUGGGAAACAAGGGAGGCGUUGGUAUUCGCAUGACGAUCUGCAACACGUCUAUAUGUUUCAUCAACUCUCAUCUGACGGCUCGCGAGGAGGAAUUAGAGAGAAGAAAUCAGGAUUAUCGUGAUAUAUCCUCCAAGAUGACAUUCAAACAGUUCUCGCCGCCACUGACGCUAGAUGACCACGACCUCAUAUUUUGGUUUGGAGAUCUGAACUUUCGUAUCGAUGACAUGAGUGUGAAUGAACUGAAGAACAGCGUACACAAUAAUGAGUUCACAAGAAUACUCUCACACGAUCAGUUGUGCAAGCAGCUGGGCAAGUCAGAUGUGUUUGCCGGGUACACUGAAGGUGUCAUCAACUUCCGUCCAUCCUAUAGGUACGACCCAGGCACAGACAUCUGGGACACAAGCGAGAAACGGCGCCCGCCAGCAUGGUGUGACCGGAUACUGUGGAAAGGUUCUGGGAUUCGACAGCUGCGCUACAACUCCCACCCAGAACUAAAGAUCAGCGACCACAAACCCGUCAGUGCGCUGUUUGAUGCCGGAAUCCGAGUGGGAGGAGACAGAAGCAACAGGACUCUCACCAAGGAUGCUAUGGGGCAGUUGGACAGGAUAGAGGAGGAAUAUACACCUCAGGUCAAGCUAAAUACAACAGAGUUCUACUUUGAGAAUGUCAGGUUCAUUGAGCCACAACAAAAGGAGCUGGCCAUCACUAACACUGGGCGGGUACCCGUGGAAUAUAAGUUUGUCAACGAGAUGGAUGGCGUGAGCUUUUGUACACCAUGGGUGAGCGUCUCUCCCAGGAAACAUACAGUGAUGCCAGGAGACAGCUCCUAUGUGUGCCUGAAGGUCUUAAUUGACAAGGAGGUAGUCAGGGAUCUCAACUUCAGAGUCAGCCUUGAUGACAUACUCGUUCUACACCUGAACAGCGGGAGAGAGAUAUUCAUACCUAUUCAUGCCACUUAUGUACCAAGCAGCUUCGGUACGUCCAUUGAGACCCUCGUCUAUGUCCACGGACCAAUCAGAGACGUUCCUGUUACAGAGCUGAUACAAGUGGGUGACAGUGCGUUCUUGAACUCAACGGACCCAUACAACAGCCGUAAAUACAUCUGCCCCAAAGAAAUCUUCCGUCUUGUCAAUCACCUCUACAAAUAUGGCGGGGAACAGGUAUCAAUGUUCCUGAAGCGUGGUCACCCUUCGGAGAUCAAGCAGAUCAGGGACGCUCUGGACACCGGUAGCCCUGAAUAUCUUCCCGGCAGUGUCCACUCAGUGGCCGAGGCUCUGUUACUGUUCCUUGAGGCGCUUCCAGAGCCGGUUAUUCCUUCAGCCUUGUAUCACUCCUGUCUUCAAUGUUCCACGGAGUUUCAUCGCUGCAAGAAGGAGCUACAAGCUAUUCCGGACAGUCACAGAAACGUGUUCAAGUAUUUGUGCGCAUUCCUCCGGGAACUUCUGAAAUACGCUGACCAGAACGAAUUGAAAAUUAAAAUCCUUGCCCGUAAAUACAUCUGCCCCAAAGAAAUCUUCCGUCUUGUCAAUCACCUCUACAAGUAUGGCGGGGAACAGGUAUCAAUGUUCCUGAAGCGUGGUCACCCUUCGGAGAUCAAGCAGAUCAGGGACGCUCUGGACACCGGUAGCCCUGAAUAUCUUCCCGGCAGUGUCCACUCAGUGGCCGAGGCUCUGUUACUGUUCCUUGAGGCGCUUCCAGAGCCGGUUAUUCCUUCAGCCUUGUAUCACUCCUGUCUUCAGUGUUCCACGGAUUUUCAUCGUUGCAAGAAGGAGCUACAAGCUAUUCCGGACAGUCACAGAAACGUGUUCAAGUAUUUGUGCGCAUUCCUCCGGGAACUUCUGAAAUACGCUGACCAGAACGAAUUGAAAAUUAAAAUCCUUGCCUCGCUGUUCGGGAAUGUUUUCUUCCGGGCUCCGCCAUCAUCAAGCAAAGAUGACAGACACUCUGCAACACGACAUUCUAAAUCACGUGCUCGAGUCGAAGACUCCAAGAAGGCUGCAUUUGUUUAUCACUUCCUCACCAAUGAAUAUGAUGAAUGAAGACGUAUCGCCUUGAAGAUGGCCCCAACUUUAGCUGCCACUUAUGCCAUCAAAAGUCAUUGAACUGAGAUGAAGUAUUUUGUUUGAAAAUGGCCACAAUUUGACAGUUGUCAUAGCUGCUGAUGUAUGUAUGUAUGUAUGUAUGUAUGUAUGUAUGUAUGUAUGUAUGUAUGUAUGUGUGUGUGUGUGUGUGUGUGUGUGUGUGUGUGUGUGUGUGUGUGUGUGUGUGUGUGUGUGUGUGUGUAUUACUAUGUGACGUUAAUUUAUAAUAUCAAUAUUCACAAUACUUCAUUUAAUACCAAUAUUCCUUUGCCAAUACACGUAUUUUCUAUAGGGAAACUAAAUGACGUUAAUCAAGUUUUGAACUGUUACGAAUUGCUCAUCAAUAUCCCUUAAAACCCCAAUUGCAGCUGUUGGUUUGGAUGACACAUGUUCAUAGAGGGGUGUAAUAGGGUUUACCUCAGGUUAUGGUUAAACGGAAUUGACAAAAUCACAUUAAAUUAGUAUAUGAACGUGAUGCUCAAAUAUAAACUCACGGGCGAAAGAAACGUCACCUCGCUUUUUUAACAUGUCACAAAACAACAAACUUAGAUUUUGGAAAUUUAACAAUCAUAUG